AUGUAUACAUUUCUCCUCUUUUACCUAUUCAUAAUUGUAAAAGCAACUAUUGCCGGUAUUUGUCUGCAAAAACAAAAGCCAGAUCAAAUUCGUUUGGCUAUUGCUAGUAAAAAUAGUGUGAAUGUUGGUUGGCAUUCGUAUGCUUGCCCAUUCAGUACUAAAAAUCCAAAUCCUACUCCAAGGGUCAAGUAUGGUCUUUCGCCUGCAGCACUCACUUCCAAUUCAACCAACGGAAAAUCAAGUACCUAUAACACAAAAAAUAUUUUUACGAGAACAUCUUGGUUCUACGGUGUUGAACUUCAAGAUCUUCAACCACGUACCCUUUACUACUAUCAAAUUGUUGCAAUGAACAAUGGAUUAGCGUCAGACAUUUUCUCUUUUACAUCACCACCAGCUCUCGGUGAUCGAAGUCAACCAGUGAAGAUUGCUGCCUAUGGUGAUAUGGGUGUUGAUGGUCUACUAGGAUCUUUGAUCAAUGGUGUGUGUCUUUUUGAGCGAGCAGUAAUAGCUUUGCAGAAAAUGUUACCAUCGAUUGAUUUUGUUUUGCAUCAUGGUGAUAUUUGUUAUGCAGAUGAUACUCCUCUACUUGUACUUGGAAAAACCUACGACCAGGCUAUGGAUUAUUGUCAAAUGGCAAUGAUGAAUAUAACCAGUAAGCGUUACUAUAUGACAGCUGUUGGUAACCAUGAGAUAAACUGUACGCAGAUUCCAUUUCUUAGAGAUGCAUGUCCAAAGAAUUAUAGGAAUCAAUUUCCUUACAGUAAUCGAUUCAAUAUGCCUAGUAAGCAGUCCGGUGGAUACUUGAACGCAUGGUAUUCAUUUAAUUAUGGUUUUGUUCAUGUGGUUUCACUCUCAUGCGAAUCAGAUUUUCCAAAUGCUCCUUCUGGUAAUCUUCUUGACACUAAAACUCAAGUGAAUUGGCUAAAAAAUGAUUUAGCUGCUGUAAAUCGUUCUAUCACUCCGUGGAUCAUUGUUCAAUGUCAUCGACCAUGGAAAGGAUCCAUAGCAAUUGAAGGUCUAUCGGAUGGUAAAUUCAUCAACUGUCCCCAAUGUAAGGCAGCUUUUGAGGCUAUUUUGAUCAAAUACAAAGUGGAUAUUUACUUUGCUGGCCAUGUACACUGGUAUGAACGCAUUUGUCCAAAUGGUGGAAAGAAGACAGCUGACUAUAUCAAUCCAAAUGGUCCCAUCUAUAUCACUAAUGGUGCUAUUGGCAAUCCCGAAGGCAACGACCAUGUUUUCAAGAGAUCAAGCGACUCUUGUCGUAUUAUUACUGAUCCCGGCUUUGGUGUUCUUACACUUGUGAAUGCUCGUCAAGCCACAUUUAGUUUUUAUCGAACUUCGGAUUUAGUCGAACUUGAUCGAAUCAAUAUCAUCAAAGCUCGUUGA